GACCUAAGCAACAUUGCAGGAGCUAAGCAGAAUCUUGAGGAGGAGAUCAGAAGCCUCCAAGACAGACUGGCAGCCAGCCAACGGGCUUGGGAAGAAUUGAGCCAACUAAAGGUCCAUAGCAAGGAAAAAGAAUCGGAACUGAGAACUUGUCUAGAGCAGGCCAGGGAACAAAAAAAGCUGCACAAUGAAUUCAAAGACAAAAUGGGGACUUUACUAGGAUGUAAUCCCAUGGUGGCGACUCCAUCCAAGGAAGACAUUGUGGAAAAAAUCCGAGAGUUGUGCCACAGAGAGGAGAACAAAAAAAGAAUGGUAUCCCAGCUUGAAGCCCAAAUAAGCAAACUUACUGAGACGCUGGAGACUCAGACAAUGUUGCACCAGGAGGUGUUGCAAAGAGCCAAAAAAUCAGAAAAUAAAUCAGAAAUGCUUCAUGAUCAGUUGAUGCGUCUAGAAGGAGAGCUGGUGUCUGGAGAUGUGAUGCGAGAUGCUUGGAAACAUGAGAAACAACAAGUAAUAUCUUAUGUUUAUAGGAAGGAUAUCAAGUAUGGUCAGGAUGGUGAUUUGAACAUAAAACGUGUACAUAUGCAUUCAGGGUUCUUUGACUAUAUCAUACAGUACUACAAAACUGAAGUCUUAGGCAGUAUG